CGGCGAGCUUGGCUCGAGCGAGGCGCUCGACGAGGGCUGGCGCCGACUAGCGGGGCUCGACGAGGUCAGGCCGUGGGCAGCAGCGCCCGGCGGCGGCGACAGCAGCAGCGCAAUAUAGCGUGCAGCUGCACGGACAAUACAGCACCGGAUGUCCGGCUUUGCAACGUGCUUCGGAGCCAUGCAGCUCCCGCGCGCUCGGCGCACAGGCGAAUGCGAUGCAUGCUGGAUCUGAAUGCGGCGAGGUCUGCGGGCGUGGGCGCUGUGGAGCUGCUUCUGCGGGCGUGGGCGCUGUGAAGCUGCUGGCGGAGCGUCGCACGGCAGAGGGCUGCAGUUAGAGGCUGAAUGGUCCUCUCCCUGUUUCCUCUGCCUCUCACUCGAGGGUGGAGGUCGGCGCUUUGGGAGCCAAGCGGCACGCUCUCGGCGUCCCACAGCAGCCCGAGGGCGGCGCCGCCUCGGGCCGGUCACGUGCGCCGCCUGCACUGCGACGCUGCAGAAGAACGCCGCGGCGCGGCGCGCGCGCCGCACUUGGCUCCCACACACAUCUCCCUCCCGGGCGCCGACACCUGUCGCUGCCAACUGCCUCGUCCUUCCUCCUAGCCGGGCGGUAUGCGGAGCCGGAGUCAAACCGACGGAUUUCGCUGGCGUGCGUGCGCGCACCCGGCUCGCGCCGGCGUGCCGCCGCUGCCAGCGCUCGCUUGCCGAUUAAGCCGGGGGGCAGCUGCGGGUGUCUGGCGAGAGCCGGCGCCCCGGAGCUUGCUUCUGACUUUGAGCAGCGCACACUCCACGUAAUGACCAUGAUCAUCUGCUAAGUCAUUGGGGUGCAGCAGUAGCGCGGGCGUACGGGCAGCUGAGUCGCUGCGCGAGAACAGCGAGGGACGCGGCGCGGGUGGAGUGC